ACCGCCCAUGCUGGGGUUCCUCUGCAAAAUCGCGGAAGACUCGGAGGACGCCAUCACGGCCGGUUUCCUCUCCACGGCCGCCUUCUGCUCGUCGGUCGCGGACCUCUACGACUUCCGCCCGCUCGACGCCCGCCACGGCCGCGUCCUCCUCCUCACCCCUUGGAGCUCAGAGGGCGCCCUCGUGGUCUGGGACCCCGUCGACAACGACGCGCUGCAGGUGCCCCUCCCAGAUCUCCGGCGGUACACCUACUGCUGGACGGCGGCGAUCCUCUGCGCUGCCGGCAGCACCUGCGACCACCUCGAUUGCCACCGGGGACCAUUCCUCGUGGUGUAUGUGGGCUCUGGUGGAUCUGGUUCUGGGGAGGCGUUUGUCUGCACCUACUCGUCCGAUGCUGGUACCUGGAGCGAGCCGAUUAGCACAGAGCUGCCCCUGGACAUUGUCGUCUUGAUGCCCAGUGUGCUCGGGGGGAAUGCACUCUACUUUGGGUUCCUGCUCAGGAAAUCACUCCUCAAGUAUGAUCUGGAAUCGCACGAGUUGUCUGUAAUUGGAGUGCCACAAACAUUCUGCAUCUGGCGACAUGUCGUGCUCGAUGGUGGGCUAGCAUUAGCCACCUUGCAAGAAUGCAAACUCUGCCUUUGGAGGAAGGCUGGCCCUGAGGUAGAUGCAGGAUGGACACAAUACAGAGCCAUUGAGCUUGAGACGCUGCUCCCAGCUGAUGCCUUCUUCACCUGGGCUAAUGUGGUUGGCUUCGCUGAUGGUGCUGAUGUGGUUUUCCUAAGGGCAGGUCUUAUGCUCCUCACAAUUGAUCUAAAGACCUAUGAGGUGAAGAAGGUCUGCAGUGGCAAAAACAUCUACUCUGCCAUUCCUUACAUGAGCUUCUGCACUCCAGCACCUGGCGCAGCCUGUACUGAUGAAGGAUCAACCGUGUGUGCCUCAGGUGCAUGAAAAACUUGAUGGAAAAUUGAGUAAUAGUAGUAAUGGUAAUCACAUGGUAUCUAUGGUGGGAUGGCACUUUUAGCAUCAGUGAGAUUCGUGCUGGCCUUCAGGGUUUCUGUGUUUUUUAAGCUGUAGUUUCCCAUGAAGUUUUCACCUUGAUCUUCCAUUUCAAGUUCAAUAGGUCUUGUAUACAAGCAGUUAACCCUUGCACUAUCCUACAUAUGUGCUCCAGUAUUUCUGCUAUCAAUGAAAACAUGAAAUGAACGAGCAUCAUGGAAUUUAAACACUGCAAUUUCAUA